AUGACAGAAUACUGGUUGAUUUCCGCCCCAGGUGACAAGACUUGUCAACAAACAUGGGAUACUAUGAAUAAUAUGACUAGUAAACAGAACAAUUUGUCUGCAAAUUACAAGUUCCAAAUACCCGAUUUGAAGGUUGGAACACUCGACCAAUUGGUUGGGCUAUCCGAUGAUUUGGGAAAGCUGGAUGGAUUCGUGGAGCAGGUUACCCGGAAGGUGGCCCAGUACCUCGGAGAGGUUCUCGAGGACCAGAGGGACAAGUUGCAGGAGAAUUUGCAGGCGAACAACACCGAUUUGCCAAGUUAUUUAACCAGAUUCCAAUGGGACAUCGCCAAAUACCCCAUCAAGCAAUCGCUGCGCAACAUCGCCGAUAUAAUCAGCAAGCAAGUUGGUCAAAUCGAUGCCGAUCUUAAGACCAAGUCCUCGGCCUACAAUAAUUUAAAAGGCAGUCUUCAAAACUUGGAGAAAAAACAAACAGGGAGUUUGCUAACCCGUAACUUGGCAGAUCUGGUCAAGAAGGAACACUUUAUUUUAGAUUCCGAGUACUUGCAAACGCUGCUCGUCAUCGUUCCCAAGGCUCAGUUCAACGAGUGGAACGCCACUUACGAGAAAAUCACGGACAUGAUCGUCCCUCGAUCGUCGGAGCUGAUCAUCCAAGACGGCGACUACGGCCUGUUCACCGUGUCGCUCUUCAAGAAGGUCGUCGAGGAGUUCAAGCUGCACGCCAGAGAGAAGAAGUUCAUCGUGAGAGAUUUCACGUACAACGAGGAGGAAUUGGCGGCCGGCAAAAACGAAAUCACCAAGCUCGUUACCGACAAGAAGAAGCAAUACGGUCCGUUAGUGAGAUGGUUGAAAGUUAACUUCAGCGAAUGCUUUUGUGCUUGGAUACACGUUAAAGCGUUGAGAGUCUUCGUCGAGUCCGUGUUGAGAUACGGGUUACCAGUCAAUUUCCAGGCUAUUCUGAUCCAUCCAAAUAAGAAACAAGCCAAACGUUUAAGGGAUGUUUUGAAUCAACUAUACGGCCAUCUAGAUAGUAGUGCAGCUCUUUCCGGACCUAAUGUUGAUAGCGUAGACAUUCCAGGAUUAGGUUUCGGCCAAUCAGAAUAUUACCCAUACGUGUACUACAAAAUAAAUGUUGAUAUGAUAGAAUCGAAGGUCUAA